AUGGCUACACGGACAAACAUACGUGACCGAGACCAGGAAUCACGGGUGACCGUGUCUACAGACCCGGAAGAGCCACGGGAACUGUCUUUGGAAGCGGUGCUGAAGUCCUACGAGCAGCCAAUUAACGAGGAACAGGCUUGGGCGCUCUGCUACCAGUGCUGCAGAGGGCUGACGGUGCCGGUGCCUCUCCCGCCGACCGGGAAAUCGGCGAGGGCCAGGGUGAAGGACAAGGACCCGUCCUCCAUCCUACUCCACAGAGACGGAACCGUGUCGUUAUUGCGGGACACGCCACUUAGCGAAUAUGCUGAUUGGCCACCUGCUCCUUCGAAUACAGAACAACGGCUGAUCCAGUCACUUGGCGUCGCCAUCUAUCGUGCUCUGGACUGGGGGCUGGAUGAUACUGAGGAGAGGGACCUAAGCCCACAACUUGAGCACCUUAUUGAAUGCAUGACUGGAGGAGACCAGGGCGAUGAGAUGGAUAACACACCUGCAAUUACAACACGUGAGGAUUACGGUGGUCACAAAAAAGAAGAAACUGCACUGGACGGCGCAAUCUGGCAAGUGCCUACAUUCUGCCAAGUCAUGGCGCAAUGCACAUCUCGGUUGGCAAACUCAAGUUUGGCCCCAGAACACUACAAGGCUGUCUGCAGGGCUUUGUUUGUAGAGUCACUAGAGCUCCAGAUGUUCCUGCUCAAGAUCCGAGAGGCUCAGGAGAUGCUCAAGAGGCUCACCAAGGAGGAAUCCCUGCAGGAGAGGUCCGCAGCUGAACUUGACACCUUUAAGCGUAGAGACUGGGCGCGUCUAUGGGUACAGUUGAUGAAGGAGCUCAGGCAGGGAGUGAAGCUGAAGAAUCCACAGGAGCAUCCGUUCAACCCGCCACCCACUGAGUUCAGCCUUACACCAUUUGAAAUCUUGAUGGAGGACAUACGAGCACGGAACUUCAAACUACGCAAAGUCAUGGUGGAUGGUGUCACUCCUUCAAGAAGAAAGAGAAAUGCCCACGAACUCAUACUAGAUAUCAUCAGAUCAAGACCCCCAUUGAAGCCAGUUGCGGAGCGUAGUCUCCUCCCUCCUCCCCCUCAGCAGCAGUCUCUCCAUGAGCGGGUCUUGGCUGAGAUCAAACAGGAACGAAAGCUCAGGCCGAUAGUCCCUGCAACAUCAAAAGCAUUUGGCUCACUACCUUGCCUGGCUCAGGCUUGUCCAUGUAAGGUCAAAUCAUCCUCGUGCAUUAACGUAUCCGAAUUAGAACCUGGAUGUGGGUUCCGGGUACCGUCUCGCUUUCGCAUUCUGCUCAAGGCUCCAACCUUAGAUGAAAUGGAGGAGAUGAACACAUCUGAGGAAGACGAGUCCCCUGACAAUACAGACCUUUGGAGGGAAGAAAGCGUCCCUACACCAAUGAAAAGAGAUCGUUCCUUUUCCGAGGAUGACCUAGCUUUGCUUCGUGGAGAGAGUCUUCCCUGCUUCUCAGAAUCCGUCCAGUUGGACAAUGUGGCCAAGUUGAGCGGUGAGGGUCUCCCUCCUAAUCACCGAGCAUCCGUUCCACUACUUGGAUGGGUGUCACCUCACCAAACACACUUGGCCCUAAGUGAGGCAAGAGAGGAUUGUGAAAAGCCAUUCAACCUCAUGACAGAUGACGAGCAUCAGUGGAUGUGUGUCCAGGAGGAAUUCAGCCACCCAGUGGAUAGUCUUGCCUUAACAGUGGAUGAGGUCAUCAACGUACGGAGAGUGUUGGUCAAAGCGGAAAUGGAGAAAUUUCUUCAGAGUAAAGAACUUUACAAUAACCUGAAAAAAGGCAAAGUUUGCUGCUGCUGCAGAGUGAAGUUCCCCAUUUUCUCUUGGCCAUCUUCCUGCUUGUUAUGUAAAAGAUCUGUGUGCAAUGCGUGCAGUGCGAAGAUGAAGCUUCCCUGCAAAAAGAUGGCAUAUAUUCCUGUGUACACCGUGGGCUUCCACAUGACUCCGAAGAACCAUGAACACAAAAGCAAAGUUUAUAAAUCCCUGUGCAAUCUAUCUUGCCGCCGUGUGGAGGAGGAGUUUCCCCAUCUGUAUGCAAAUGGCUGCACGCUGCACGACAUCUGCGCAGAAUGCUCUAAAUUUGUUGCCGAUGUGAUUUCAUCUAGCCGUCGAAGCCUGGACAUUAUUAACAACACGCCGAAGAAGGAGGUGAAAGCCAUUUCCCAGAGAGUGCAAAUUCCACCGAUGACCUUUGAACCUCAUGAAGACAAACAUUAUGGAACUUAG